GAGAGGGGUGGGCCGUGGGCAGCUCCCUCUGACCAAUUCGUCGCGGCUGGAAGGGCCGCAGAGAGUUGCUCUCCGCCUAGUAUAAAGCUGAACAGAAAGCGAGAGAGAGAGGCCUGUCGACAAUCCUAUCUCCUCAAAGAUGGCGUUUGUUUGCUUUGUGCUGCGCUCCCUUGUGGAGAUCCUGGUUCUUCCAGUCACCAUUUUGCAAUACAUCGGUUUUUGGGACCCUUUGUACAAGAGGAUGUUCCCGUACCUCAUGCGCAGAAUGACCACUGUUAUCAACGAGAAGAUGGAUAAAGUGAAGAAGGAACUCUUCGGCCGGCUGCCGGACUUCGCCAGCUCCUCGGGGCUGACAAUCUUGGAAGUGGGUUGUGGUACUGGUGCCAACUUUCAGUAUUACCCCUGGGAUUGCAAGGUCAUCUGCACGGACCCGAACCCGAAUUUCGAGCACCUGCUGAAGAGCAGUGGUGCCAAGAACAAACACCUGAAGCUCGAGCGGUUUGUGGUGGCGAGCGGCGAAGAUCUGAGCCAAGUCGAGAGCGGCUCUGUAGACGCCGUGGUCUGCACUUUAGUGCUCUGCACCGCCCAGAAUGUGGACGCGGUGUUGAAAGAGAUUAAACGGGUGCUGAAACCGGGCGGGGCAUUUUUCUUCAUUGAGCACGUGGCUGCUGGCAAAGAAACAUGGCUACGCUUCAUUCAACAUGUGAUCCAGCCAGCAUGGCGUUACUUUGGGGAUGGAUGCUAUCUGACCAGGGACACUUGGGUAAACCUCGAGAAAGCCAACUUCUCAGAAUUGAAUCUGAAGCACAUCAUUGCACCUUUGACGAGUUUGAUCAAAUACCAUAUUGUUGGAUAUGCAGUCAAAUGAGAAGCUGGACCAUGGGAACACCAAACCUUAUAUCUACUUGUCUACUGUGAAUCGUUCAUUCUAAUUACAAGUAUCAUUGCUAUAAUCCUUUGUCAAUUAAUUUUAAUCACCAGUCACUACGAUGAGUGCUUUUAAAUGUACCUUUUUAAUCCACUGUAUCACAUGCAGUACUUUUAUCCACAAUGGUAAUCAAGCAAAAUUCCAGAUUAUUACAUCCAUCUCCAGGAUCAGUUUUCAUAUUUCAUUAUUUCAAUCAAUACUUUUCUCUGUACCCUCCCAACUCACUGAGUCAGAAUGUCAAAACAUUUUAUUUUAGAAAAAGUCAAUUCUCUAAUCUCAAAUGAGGUGCUGCUUACCAAAUGUUACAUUGUGAUUUGAAUAUAUUAAGCAAGACCUAUUUGUGCUAUGAUAUUUUUAAUGUGAAGUAUUUCUAAUCCUUUUACUUUCACCAUGAAUUGCUAUUCUGAUUUUACAAAUAUUCAUAUUAACAUUUAACUCUGCAGUAAAGAAUUUCACAGAUUCACUCCCCUCUGAGAGAAGGAAUUCCUCUUCAUCUGUCUUAAAUGUUCUUUCAUGAAUCACUGGAGUCAGGGAGUGUCACAGGGAGGACUGGAAAAUGGCUAAUGCAAUACCCCAGUCUAAGAAGGGAGGGAGGCAGAAGGCAGGAAACUAUUGGCUGGUUAGCCUGACCUCAGUUGUUGGUAAGAUUUAGAGCCAAUUAUUAAGGAUGAGAUUGUGGAGUACUUGGAAGUGCAUGGUAAAAUCGGGCAGAGUUAGCACGGUUUCGUCAAGGGGAAGUCAUGCUUGACAAAUCUGUUAGAAUUCUUUGAGGAGACAAGGAGUCAGUGGACAUGAUCUAUUUGGAUUUCCCGAAGGUUUUUGACAAGAUGCUGCAUGGAGGCUGCUAAAUAAGAGCCCAUGGUGAUAGGAGAAAGUUACUGACAUAGAUAGAAGACUGAGAAGGUAAAGAGUAGGGAUAAAAGGUUCUUUUUCAGGAUGGCAGUCAGUGCUGGUGGAGUUUGGCAGGAGUCAGUGUUGGUACCACAACAAUUUCACGUUUUACAGUAACAAUCUGGACGAAAGAACUGAGGGCAUUCUUGCUAAGUUUGCAGAUGACACAAAGAUAGGUGGAGGGACAGGUAGUUUUGAGGAAGCGGGGAGGCUGCAGAAGGACUUGGAUAUGUUAGGAGAGUGGGCAACGAAGUGGCAGAUGGAUUACAAUGUGGCAAAGUGUGAAACUAUACAUUUUGGUGGGAAAAAUGGAGGCUUAGACUAUUUUCUAAACUGGAAAAGGUUUCAGAAAUCUGAAGCACAGAGGUACUUGGGAGUCCUAGCUGAGGAUUCUCUUAAGGUUAACAUGCAGGUUCAGGUGGCAGUUUGGAAAGCAAAUGCAAUGUUACCAUUCAUUUCAAGAGGGCUAGAAUACAAGAGCAGAUGCCCUAUAGAGCCCUGGUCAGACCAUGUUUGGAAUAUUGUGAGCAGUUUUGGGCCCCAUAUCUAAGGAAAGAUGAGGUGGCAUUGGAGGGAGUCCAGAGAAGGUUUACAAGAAUGAGCCUGGGAAUGAAGGACUUGUCAUAUGAGAAACAGUUGAAGAUUCUGGGUCAGUACUCAAUGGUGUUUAAUAGGAUGAUGGGAGGGGAGAUUUGAUUGAAACUUGAAGAAUACUGAGAGACCUGUAUAGAGUGGACGUGGAAAAGAUGUCUCCACUAGUAGGAGAGACUAGGACCUGAGGGCACAGCUUCCGAGUGAAGGGACGAUCUUUUAGAACUGAGAUGAGGAGGAAUUUCUUCAGCCAGAGGGUGGUGAAUCUGUGGAAUGCAAUUCUGCAGAGGAUUAUGAAGCCCAAGUCAUUGAAUGUAAUUAAGACAGAGAUAGAUAGGUUCUUGAUUAGUAAGGAGAUUAAAGGUUAUGGGGAGAAGGCAGGAGAAUGGGGUUGAGAAACAUAUCAGCCAUGAUUGAAUAGCGGAGCAGACUCAAUGAGCUGAAUGGCCUAAUUCUUUUCCUCUAUUUUGUGGUCUUAUGACCCCCUUAUUCUGAGAUUAUGCCUUCUGGUCCUAGACUCUCCCAUAAAAGGAAACAACUUUUCCGUGUCUUCCCUGUUAAGUCCUCUAAGAAUCUUGUACGUUUCAACAAGAUUGCUUAUCAUUCUUCAGAACUCCAAUGACUACAGGCCCAAUCUAUUCAGCCUCCCAUUGUAAGACAGUCCCUCCAUACCUGGUAUCAGCCUAGUGAACCUACUCUGGACUGUCCCCAAUGCCAGUAUAUUUUUCCUUAGAUAAGACUCCAUUCCCUUUGAAAUAAAGGACAACAUUUCAUUUGCCUUCUCUAAUACCCGCUGAACUUGGAUGCUUGGUUUUGGUGAUUCAUGUGAGGACUCCCAUUUCCCUCUGUUAUGUAGAUUUCUGCAAUGUUUCUUCGUUUCAGUAAUAUUCAGCUCCUCUAUUCUUCCUGCCAAAGAAAUGAGGAAAGAGGUGACAGUGGUGUAAUGACAAAGUCACUGGAUUAGUAAUCCAGGAGUCGGGGCAAAUGUUCUGGGCAUGUGAAUUCAAAUCCUCACUGUGACAGUUAACAAAUCUGGAUUGAAACUACAUUCAUGGUCACUAUUACCGAGACUAUGGUAAUCCAUCUGGUUCACUAUUACCCUGCAGGGACGGAAAUCUGCCAACCUUACUUCGUCUGGCCCAUGUGUGAUUCCAGACCCAUAGCAAUAUGGUUGACAUUGAACUGCCCCUGAAAUAGCCCAGCAAGCCACACGGGGAUUUAAGGAUGAACAAUAUAUGCCAAACUUGCCUGUGAUGCCCACAUUCCAUGAAAGAAUAAUAAAAGGCUUUUUAGGCUUGCACAAAACCUUACUGAAUGGAUCAGCCCCACCUUUACAACAUAGGAAAGAUCUACUUAGUCACAAUUUAGUCUGUUUUGUCCUAAUCAAAGCCACAAAUGACAUCCUAUUUCACUAUGAUUGUGGGGCAAUUCCAUCCCCAUUCUCAUUGACCUGCCUCCAGCCUUUGACAAAAGCCUUCCACCACCUUUCAAUCAGCUCAGCGGGACUGUCUGUUACUGGUUUUGCUUUUGCCAAGCCAGUCAUAGUCAGACCACCUUGAGCAAAGGCUUCGCUUCCUCUCCCUACACUGUUACUUUUGGAGUCCCCUAAGGAUUUCUAUGUGGCUUCGUUUCUCAUGUGCAUGCUGCCACAUGGCGCCAUCAUCUGAAGACAUGGCACUGGAGUCUGUGUGUACAUUGAAGGCACCCAGUUUAACCAUACCCUGACGGAGAGGUUAAAUUCUUCAUAUUGUGUUUUAAUUGAGUUACUGUUAGAAGGGUGGAAAUAUCAGUUUAACUUCCCAUGACAUGUCAAAUGUAAAACUCAGUUUCAUUCACCAGGUGGAGGCUAGCAGAUAAGUAUUUGGCUACAAACUUUCUGUGUUCCUCCUUUAUGAGAUUAACUCCCCCAAAGAAAUUAGAUAAAAUGUAAGCAAUAACUUUUGUUAAAAUUGCAGUUAUAGCAGUAAAUUAGAUGAGUUAGUGUAGAAAUAGUGCUUUGCAGAACACCUACGCUCGGUUCGCAACAAACAACUGCACCUCCCAGUCGCGAACCAUUUCAACUCCCCCUCCCAUUCCUCAGACGACAUGUCCAUCCUGGGCCUCCUGCAGUGCCACAACGAUGCCACCCGAAGGUUGCAGGAACAGCAACUCAUAUUCCGCUUGGGAACCCUGCAGCCCAAUGGUAUCAAUGUGGAUUUCACAAGUUUCAAAAUCUCCCCUCCCCCUACCGCAUCCCAAAACCAGUCCAGCUCGUCCCUGCCUCCCUAACCUGUUCUUCCUCCCACCUAUCCCCUCCUCCCACCUCAAGCCGCACCUCCAUCUCCUACCGACCAACCUCAUCCCGCCCCCUUGACCUGUCCGUCCUCCCUGGACUGACCUAUCCCCUUCCUAACUCCCUACCUACACUCACCUUUCCUGGCUCCAUCCCCGCCUCUUCGACCUGUUUGUUUCCUCUCCACCUAUCCUCUCCUCUAUCCCUCUUCUAUCCGCCUCCCACUCUCUCCCUAUUUAUUUCAAAACCCCCUUCCCCUCCCCCUUUUCUGAUGAAGGGUCUCGGCCCGAAACGUCAGCCUCUCUGCUCCUAUGAUGCUGCUUGGCCUGCUGUGUUCAUCCAGCCCUGCACCUUGUUGUCUCGGAUUCUCCAGCAU